GGGCCAUUGAUGAGUGACCAGAUUGUCAGGCUGCAAACAUGUUAGAUCUGUUAUUGGGACUGAUAUCAGUUUCUCUUCUUCUGUGCUUAUCUUCAGCUGCUGCAGGCAACGCUGUCAGAUUGGUUGGUUCGAGUUCAGACGGGUAUUGCGCUGGAAGAGUUGAAAUCUACCACAAUGGAGAAUGGGGAACAGUCUGUGACGACGGCUGGGAUUAUAAUGAUGCUAAUGUCGUCUGCAGACAGUUAGACUGUGGUCCACCUUUAACAGUUCAUGCAUCUGCUCACUUUGGGGAAGGCGCAGGAAAAAUCUGGCUGGAUGAUGUCAGCUGUUCAGGAAGCGAAGAUUCUCUUUCUGAAUGCAGCCACAGAGGAUUUGGAACCCACAACUGUGAGCAUAGCGAGGAUGCAGGCGUCACUUGCUACUCUCAACAGAUCUUACCAUUUCAAUCAUGCUCUGGAUAUGUCCAUAUAUACCACGAUCGGAUGUGGAAACUGCUCAGUUAUACCGGCUUUGACAUGAAUGCUGCUACUGUGGCCUGCAGACAGAUGGGCUGUGGUCCAUUAAUCUCUCACUCAGGCUACUAUGCAAGCAGCGUCGUGCUGCCUGAUUUGAGCUGUUCAGGAAGUGAAUUUUCUCUACAAGAAUGUCAGCACAGUAAUUCUUGGACAUACCUAUAUGGUUACUACACUUAUGUCCACUGUUCAGAUUAUCCGGUGCGUCUAACUGGGCCGUCUCGGUGCGCCGGACGAGUUGAAAUCUUCCACAACGGUGCCUGGCAAACAGUGUGUGACGACGGCUGGGACUUGAAUGACGCUCAGGUGGUCUGCAGUCAGUUGAACUGUGGCGUAGCCGUGGCUGCUCCUCACGCGGCGUACUUCGGAAAAGGAGCAGAUAAAAUCCUGCUUGACGAUGUGGCCUGUACGGGGAGCGAAACCCAUCUGACUCGGUGCUCACACAGAGGACACUGGGUACAAAACUGCAGUCAUAGUCAGGAUGCUGGUGUGAUCUGCUCAGCCGGCCUGAGCAGGUUAAUCGGGCCAAGCAGAUGCUCUGGAAGAGUCGAAAUCUUCAACAACGGAUCCUGGGGAACCGUCUGCAAUAACAGCUGGGACAUAAACGAAGCUCGAGUGAUUUGCAGACAGCUGGGAUGUGGUACACCUCUGAGUGUCCUUCACUUUGGAGAGGGAGUAGGAGAAAUUACUGAAGUGACUUGCACAGGGAGCGAAAGAUAUCUGCCUGAGUGUUCGUACAGUAGAGUUGGAGCUCAGAACUGUAAUCACAGUCAGGAUGCUGGUGUCAUCUGUUCAGGUCCUAUGAGGCCCAUUAUUGGACUUACUCCUCAAGGUGACAUCACCUUGGGUCAUAAUGUCAGCAUCAGUUGUUCAGUCAAUGGUGCUCAAGUAGGAGGGAUAUUUGUCUUGACGAAGACCACAGGCUCAUUCAGGCAGGCCGUGAAUUCAAGCAGCAGCUCUGCUACUUUCUAUAUCCUUCAGGCCACUUUCAAUGAUCAGGGAUGGUACAAGUGUCAGCUUCAAAUCAUAUUUCCUAAUGAAAACUUCACCACUCUCUUCAGUGACACAGUCCAACUCAGAGUGAUCUUUCCAGCACCCAGGAUCAGUAUUGAACCCUCUGGAGUGAUUAAUCUCCAUCAGGAUGUCAGAAUGGUUUGUUCAGUCACUAAUGAACAAGGAGGAGGAUCAUUUAUCUUCAGGAAGUCUUCAGGAAGUUUCAGUGAGACUGUGGACUCAAGCAGUAAUUCUGCUACUCUAAGUAUCCCUAAAGUUACCUUUACGGAUGAGGGAGACUUCAAGUGUCAGUUUAAAGUGAGGAUUUCUAAUGAAGACUUCAGCACUACCUUCAGCAGUGAUGUCCCACUCUACAUAAAAGGUGAAAUUCCAAAACCCAACAUCACCCUGCAGCCUGCCGGUCUUGUUUCCUGGAGUCAGAGUGUCAACAUCGUAUGUGAUGUUAUGGAUGGAUUGAGUGGAUCAUUUACAUUCACAAACCUUCCUGGCUCCGUCAUUCAGACUGUAAACUCAAACAGCAACUCGGCUACUUACUAUAUUGCGCAAGUCCGUUUGGGAAAUGAGGGAUUGUACCAGUGUCGGUUUCAAAGAACGGUCUCUGGUGAAGUGUUUCACACCAACUUUAGUGACGCUGUCUGGCUCACUGUGAACCUUUCACAGCCGAUCAUCACCUUGGAUUCUGCUGGUGGGGUGAUGUGGGGUCAGCAUGCCACCCUCACCUGUUCAGUCAUUGAGGGAUGGCCAGGAGGAUUAUUUGUCUUUAGGAGAACACCUGAUAAUUUCAUCCACACUGUAAGCUCGAGUAGCAACACGGUUACCUUCCAUAUCACUCCAGCUAACUUGAGAGAUGAAGGAUUAUACCAAUGUCGGUUUCAAAGGAGAAUUUCUGAUCAAGACUUCAACACCAGCUUCAGUGACCCAGUCCAACUAACUGUAUUUCUUCCAAAGCCCAGCAUCACUUUGGAUCCUGCUGGUGUGGUUUCUAUUGGCCAGACUGUCAACAUCACUUGCUCAGUCUCUGAGGGUCAAGUUGGAGGAUCAUUUAUCUUCAAGAAGACAUCAGGACCAAUCAUUCAUGUUGUAAAUUCAAGCAGCAGCUCAACUUCAUUCCACAUCAGUCAAGUUGGCUUGGUGGACCAUGGAUUGUACCAGUGUCAAUUUCAAAGAAGGUCUUUUAAUCACGAUUUGAGCACCAACUUGAGUGAUUCUGUCCAGCUAACUGUGAGACUACCAAAGCCCAACAUCACCAUCCAGCCUAUUGGUGUGGUUAUGUGGGGCCAGGAUGUCCACAUUACUUGUUCAAUCACUGGGGUGGAAGCAGUAGGAUCAUUCAUCUUCACAAAGACCCCAGGUCCUUUCACCCAGACUGUGAACUCAAGCAGCAACUCGGCUAGUCUAAAUAUCCCUAAAGUUACCUUUGCGGAUCAGGGAGACUACAAGUGUCAGUUUCAAAGAACAGAUUCUGGCUCUGUUUUUAGUGAUAAUGUCAACCUGAACGUGACAAUGAUUCUUCCAAAACCAGGCAUCAACAUGGACCCUGCAGGGUUGGUUACCUUUGGUGACCUCAUUGCCAUCAAUUGUUCUGUCUCGACUCAAUAUUGUGGCGGCUCAUUCACCCUGCAGAAGACGUCUGGAUCAUUCACUAAGACCCAACAAUCAAGUACCAAUUUCUCUACAUUCAGAUUUCUUGAAGCCAAUAACAAUCAUGAUGGAGAUUACCACUGUUAUUAUGAAAUACUUGUGGAAAAUAAAACUUUCACCUUCCCACUAAGUGACAAUGUCACAGUUUCUGUUACUAAUCACGGACUGUGCUUCGCUGUACCUCAAUAUAAUCUUUUCUUCAUAUGCUCAGUCAACAGGAUGGUGAACAAUCUGCUGCUUUUAGUCUCUUGUUUCCUGUCUUCAUAUUCUGCAUCAGGUAAUCUGAUCAGACUAUCUGGAUCAAACGAGCAAUGUUCUGGAAGAGUUGAAAUUUACCACAAUAGUGUCUGGGGAACAGUCUGUGAUGAUGGUUGGGAGCUAAACGAUGCUGAGGUGGCCUGCAGACAGCUCGGCUGUGGUUCUGCUGAGGGUGCUCCACAAUCAGCCUACUUUGGCCAGGGGACUGGACAAAUCUGGCUUGAUGAUCUGACCUGCUCUGGAAAUGAACCUUCUCUUGCCGUGUGUGGGCACAGUGGAUUUGGGACUCAUAAUUGUGGACACGGUGAAGAUGCUGGUGUCAUCUGUUCAAUUGCAGAUCAUUCAAUCAGACUAUCUGGAUCAAAUGAGGCAUGUUCUGGAAGAGUUGAAAUUUACCACAAUAGUGCCUGGGGAACAGUCUGUGAUGAUAGUUGGGACCUAAAUGAUGCUGAGGUGGCCUGCAGACAGCUCGGCUGUGGUCCUGCUCUGGAGAUUACUUCACAAUCAUCCCAGUUUGGGCAAGGAACUGGACAAAUCUGGCUUGAUGAUCUGGCCUGCUCUGGAAAUGAGCCUUCUCUUGCCGUGUGUGGGCACAAUGGAUUUGGGACUCAUAAUUGUGGACAUUCUGAAGAUGCUGGUGUUAUCUGUUCAAAUUCAAUCAGACUAUCUGGAUCUAACGAGCAAUGUUCUGGAAGAGUUGAAAUCUACUACAAUGGUACCUGGGGAACAGUCUGUGAUGAUAACUGGGACAUAAAUGAUGCUAAGGUGACCUGCAGACAGCUCAGCUGUGGUCCUGCUGUGGAUGCUCCACACUCAGCCCGCUUUGGCCAGGGGACUGGACAAAUCUGGCUCGAUGAUCUGGGCUGCUCAGGAAGUGAAACUUCUCUUGCCGUGUGUGGGCACAGUGGAUUUGGGACUCACAAUUGUGGACACCAUGAAGAUGCUGGUGUUAAUUGUUCAAGCGGCAACAUAAAAUUAGUUGGGUCAGCUCGGUGCUCUGGAAGAGUCGAAAUCUACAACAGUGGGUCCUGGGGAACAAUCUGCAAUGAUAACUGGGACAUAAAUGAUGGUAGAGUGGUCUGUAGACAGCUGGGUUGUGGUACAGCAGUGAGUGUCCAUCAGUUUGCAGUGGGAACAGGACAAAUCUGGCUUGAUGAGGUGGCCUGUGAAGGCAGUGAAACAUAUCUGUCUGACUGCUCUCACAGUGGAUUUGGUGUGCAUAACUGUGCUCACAGUCAGGAUGCUGGUGUCAUCUGUUCAGGUCCUAUAAGGCCCACUAUUGGACUUACUCCUCAAGGUGACAUCACCUUGGGUCAUAAUGUCAGCAUCAGUUGUUCAGUCAAUGGUCCUCUAGUAGGAGGGAUAUUUGUCUUGACGACGACCACAGGCUCAUUCAGGCAGGCCGUGAACUCAAGCAGCAGCUCUGCUACUUUCUAUAUCCUUCAGGCCACUUUCAAUGAUCAGGGAUGGUACAAGUGUCAGCUUCAAAUCAUAUUUCCUAAUGAAAACUUCACCACUCUCUUCAGUGACACCGUCCAACUCAGAGUGAUCUUUCCAGCACCCAGGAUCAGUAUUGAACCCUCUGGAGUGAUUAAUCUCCAUCAGGAUGUCAGAAUGGUUUGUUCAGUCACUAAUGAACAAGGAGGAGGAUCAUUUAUCUUCAGGAAGUCUUCAGGAAGUUUCAGUGAGACUGUGGCCUCAAGCAGUAAUUCUGCUACUCUAAGUAUCCCUAAAGUUACCUUUACGGAUGAGGGAGACUUCAAGUGUCAGUUUAAAGUGAGGAUUUCUAAUGAAGACUUCAGCACUACCUUCAGCAGUGAUGUCCCACUCUACAUAAAAGGUGAAAUUCCAAAACCCAACAUCACCUUGCAGCCUGCCGGUCUUGUUUCCUGGAGUCAGAGUGUCAACAUCGUAUGUGAUGUUAUGGAUGGAUUGAGUGGAUCAUUUACAUUCACAAACCUUCCUGGUUUCGUCAUUCAGACUGUAAACUCAAACAGCAACUCGGCUACUUACUAUAUUGCGCAAGUCCGUUUGGGAAAUGAGGGAUUGUACCAGUGUCGGUUUCAAAGAACGGUCUCUGGUGAAGUGUUUCACACCAACUUUAGUGACGCUGUCUGGCUCACUGUGAACCUUUCACAGCCGACCAUCACCUUGGAUUCUGCUGGUGGGGUGAUGUGGGGUCAGCAUGCCACCCUCACCUGUUCAGUCAUCGAGGGACGGCCAGGAGGAUUAUUUGUGUUUAGGAGAACUCCUGAUAAUUUCAUCCACACUGUAAGCUCGAGUAGCAACACGGUUACCUUCCAUAUCACUCCAGCUAACUUGAGAGAUGAGGGAUUAUACCAAUGUCGGUUUCAAAGGAGAAUUUCUGAUCAAGACUUCAACACCAGCUUCAGUGACCCAGUCCAACUAACUGUAUUUCUUCCAAAGCCCAGCAUCACUUUGGAUCCUGCUGGUGUGGUUUCUAUUGGCCAGACUGUCAACAUCACUUGCUCAGUCUCUGAGGGUCAAGUUGGAGGAUCAUUUAUCUUCAAGAAGACAUCAGGACCAAUCAUUCAUGUUGUAAAUUCAAGCAGCAGCUCAACUUCAUUCCACAUCAGUCAAGUUGGCUUGGUGGACCAUGGAUUGUACCAGUGUCAAUUUCAAAGAAGGUCUUUUAAUCACGAUUUGAGCACCAACUUGAGUGAUUCUGUCCAGCUAACUGUAAGACUACCAAAGCCCAACAUCACCAUCCAUCCCAUUGGUGUGUUUAUGUGGGGCCAGGAUGUCUACAUUACUUGUUCAAUCACUGGGGUGGAAGCAGUAGGAUCAUUCAUCUUCACAAAGACCCCAGGUCCUUUCACCCAGACUGUGAACUCAAGCAGCAACUCGGCUAGUCUAAAUAUCCCUAAAGUUACCUUUGCGGAUCAGGGAGACUACAAGUGUCAGUUUGAAGUGAGGUUUUCAAAUGUAGACUUCCUCUCUAACUUCAGCAGUGAUGUCCCACUCUUUACAACAGUGAUUCUUCCAAAACCAGGCAUCAACAUGGACCCUGCAGGCUUGGUUACCUUUGGUGACCUCAUUGCCAUCAAUUGUUCUGUCUGGACUCAAUAUCUUGGCGGCUCAUUCACCCUGCAGAAGACGUCUGGAUCGUUCACUAAGACCCAACAAUCAAGUACCAACUUCUCUACAUUCAGAUUUCUUGAAGCCAACAAUAAUCAUGAUGGAGAUUACCGCUGUUAUUAUGAAAAACUUGUGGAAAAUAAAACUUUCACCUCCCCACUAAGUGACAGUGUCACAGUUUCUGUUACUAAUUACUGAAAUUCAUGUUUGUGACCCUUCCUCAAUCUCCUAUUUUAUGGUUAUCCUAAACUAAUCUAAUGCAUGUAGUAUGAUACAAGUUUGUAAGUUGCUACAGACUAAAUAAAUGUUAGUUAGCAAAAAUAAAUGGAAAAUUGGUUAAAUACUUAGUCAAAAAAAAUCUCCUGAGUAAUCUUGAAGCUAUGACUUUGUCCAAUCAUUUCUGUUGCUAUUGAUAUUUAGAAAUUUUCAUCGUAAUUCAUUUCAUGUGAAAUCUAUGUGUUAAGAUAUGAUAUUUUUAGAUUUUGAGCAUGUUUAUACCUCUGAGUUCAUUCUGUAAUUAUCAUUGGUCUGUAUUUGAUGGUGUUCUUGUCUGGUG